GUACUUAUUAUGCGAACUUGCGAAGACGUGGCCAAAUUUGUCUUUGCCUCCUGGUGGCGGGUCACCCGUUACCCGACUUGCGGCCGCCGGACUGUGACAUAUCUUUUCACGAUCUGAUCUGCUCUGCUAGCGUGUUGCGUGGCACAUUAGUGUGGACUCUGAAGCCCGGCCAAUAGCCCAAAAAACUUUCAACGAUGGGCUAGGCCCAAUAUUAAGUUAUUGGGGUCCACGGGAAAAUAAACCAGUUUGGUAAGUCUCGCCGCCGAUCAGCAGGCUAUUUCUUUUCCGCCUUCCGUACGGCGGGAGGGAAUCGAAAUACUAAACCCGGUAUAGUAAGCACUAAGCAAAGAACCCAGAAGUUAAAACCUCCCGUUUUGAACUAUUCUGCUAACAUCGUCGGCGUUAUGGAGGGGGAGGGGACGGCGACGGGGCGGCAAAGAAGGGCGACGGCGAGCCAGUUGGAUCAGUGGACUGUUCAGGAUCAGGUUUUUAAGAUUUACGGCGCUUUCGCCAGCAUUCCUCGCAGCGCUCAAUCUGUAAUAUUGGAGCUUCAACGAGAUAAGCAUGUAGAGUAUCUGACCAGAGGACUCCAGCAGCUCGGUCCCUCAUUCGUUGUAUUGGAUGCUAAGUGCGUACUUCUUCCUUCUUCUUUCGACCUUGGCUUUGCUACUGGAUCUUGCACUCAAUUGCUCUACUUGGGGAAUCAGUUGACGAUGAAUUGGAGGAUAAUGCCAUCGACUUUCUUAGCCGUUGUCAGGAUCCAAAUGGUGGCUAUGGGGGUGGACCAGGGCAGGCAAGUUGCUGAAACAUUUGCACUUUACUGGAUCGGUCGGAGAAUGGUUGCGGUUUUGUGGUUACUUAUGUACUUAUUUUCGUACUCCCGUUUCUUUGUCUUCAGAUGCCUCAUCUUGCAACAACGUAUGCUGCAGUCAAUUCUCUUGUCACUUUGGGCGGACAUAAAGCGUUGUCGUCAAUUAAUAGGUGGUCAAGAUAAUUUGUACAAAUUCUUAAGCCGAAUGAAAGACUCUAGUGGAGCCUUCAGGAUGCAUGAUGCUGGGGAAAUUGAUGUAAGAGCAUGCUACACUGCAAUUUCGGUCGCAAGCAUUCUGAACAUUUUGGAUGAUGAGCUGGCCAAGGGCGUUGGAAAUUAUAUUUUGAGUUGUCAGACUUAUGAAGGUGGUAUUGCGGGGGAACCUGGUUCCGAAGCUCAUGGAGGGUACACGUUCUGUGGAUUGGCUGCUAUGGUUCUCAUCAACCAAGCCAAUUCUUUGGACUUGGCUAGUUUAAUUGAUUGGGUAGCUUUUCGACAAGGAGUCGAAUGCGGGUUUCAAGGCAGAACGAACAAGUUGGUUGAUGGCUGUUACUCCUUCUGGCAGGGAGGUGUAUUUGCACUGCUGCAAAGACUGCCAGCAUUUGGUGGGGAAGGCUUUGGGACUUCUGAUGUAGAAGUAGAGUGGGUUUCAGAUAGUACUUCUGAAGGAGAUGACGAAGAUAGGGAUUCAUCAGAUGAUAAUGAAGCUUUACACCCUGAGCCGGACCAGGAAGGCCAUCAGAGCUCUUCUCAUUCACCUGAGAGCAGCACAGCGGUUCACAUUCAUCAUUCAAGACACAAUCAGCUGGAACCUCUAUUUCAUACUAUGGCCUUGCAGCAGUACAUUGUCCUGUGCUCCCAGGAACAAGAGGGAGGGUUCAGGGACAAACCAGGGAAGGCCAGGGACUAUUACCACACUUGCUACUGCUUAAGCGGGCUGUCAGUGUGCCAGUACAGCCGGUCGAAGAACGAGAACUCACCGCCAUUGCCGACCUCUGUGCUGGGACCUUAUUCCAACCUCUUAGAGCCCAUACACCCUCUGUACAAUGUAGUGUCUAGGCAGUACCAUGAUGCUCGCGAGUUCUUCUCAAAAUAUUGAACCUGGUCCACCUCUUACUGUUAGGCAUGAUGCUAUUAAGUUAACUAACAGUAACAUCCAUUUUCCAGCUCUUCUUUGUGUCAUCAUGUAUGUGUAUUAUUUUGUUCGAUGAGUGGUAUCAUCAUGUGUGUGUUGUAACAUUCAAUAAUGACGUUCAAGUAUUGAGUAAUCUUAGAUUAGACUUAUUGUCACCAAAG